AAACAUUCCGCCGUUAUUGUAAUAGCUAUCGCAUCCGACUCCUUUCAAUUCGCUACUGUAUCUUGAAUUAAGAUACUGACAUGCUUUCCUGGGACCACGGUUACAUAACGUCCACCUUUUGCUCACCACCCCACGAAACCCACCGGCUGGUUCGAGAAGAGCUUUUAUCAUUGCCCUUCGACAAAUGAGAAAUUUUCUCUCCUUUUGUUAAUUUGGCUAGCUUGCCACAGGGAUUUCCACAUAAUGGACUCGGGUCAAAUUAUGAGCGGAGGGUCUAAGCGACGACGGAUAGACGAAGGCGAGGAGCAAGCCCGAAGAAGCGAUCCUCAAUAUCAAACAUCCUGGAGUCGGUCUAAUUUCGAACUCCUGGACCUACCAGUAGCCACAACUCAACGACACUAUGAGAGGGCCCCUUGUGGUAACGUUCAAACUACAUGGAACGAGAACUCAGGAUAUGCUACGUCAGUCGAUAACGCGAUAAACUACCACAUGGGUAGCUGGAACAGUCAAUCUUACCCUUACCAGUCACAGAAUACUGUGGGAAUUGAACCAAGUUAUUCCUAUCCAAACGACAUCACCUUGCAAUGGUGGUCAUUCUCUAACACCCCACUUCAUUCUCAUGAGCCAUCACAAGCUCAUGUGCCGAUGUUCUUACCGUCAUACCAGCAGUACCCUCUUUCUGGUACUCAAAUAGGUCAGCCGACCACCAGCUUUCAGCAAUGGCCAGAGUCUUCCGUAGAGGAUACAUUACUGCAAUCGCUUCCGUAUCAUAGCGAUCUGCCCCAGAAUCAAACGAUCGAUUCUGGGUCAUCCUCAGCACUGCCACAUCCAGAUGAAGGAGCUGAUGUGAUUGUGUGCUUUGGCAUGGUUCCGUCUAUCUCUGCCAGAUGUAAUCAGAGAGGAACAACACAAAGUCUACCAGCAUCGUUCCCAGUCGAACUAGAGGGUUCGACUUGCUUCUCCGCCAAAGACCCUUUCAGCGUCUCGGGGCAGAUAUUGUCGGAGUAUGGUCAGAUGAUACAGGGGCUUCUCGAUGAGAAGUCUCUCGAACUUCACGUCUCGUGCCUCAUUGAUGAUUUUCACUCUGUAGACGCCCAGAAACCACCACGCGGCCUUUCAACAAUCUCAUGCAAUUUGGAAAUUUCGGUUUAUGGUCCUUUAGAGCUUUUUGAUGAAUUAGGCACCUGGUUUGAGCACUACCAGAUCUACUUACAAGAUCCUCGAGAAUGUCAUCGCGAAGUCAGAUACUGUAACCCCCAUCGACUCUCGACAGACGAUAUUUCCGCUUGCCCUCUCCUGUAUGACAUCAUCUCUCAGAGCUCAAAGUCUCUACAGCUGGAGAUCAUCGCUCAACAACCUGACCUGCUGGAUGAACUAAGUAGCCAUGAGGAUCUAGAGGAGGCCCCCCAACCUUCGGCCAUCAAGCGGGAACUAAGAAGGCAUCAAAAGCAAGCCCUAACAUUCAUGCUCCGCCGCGAACAGGGAUGGGCGUUCUUUGAUCAAGAGCCAGACAUCUGGGAGAUUAAGGAUACAGAUCAAGGAAGAGUUUUCCUGAACCGAGUCUCCAAUGCUUUCCAGUUGGAGGAACCCCCUCAGUGUUACGGUGGCAUUGUUGCGGAUCCUAUGGGACUUGGAAAGACUUUGACUAUGAUAGCAUUGGCAGCAACGGACUUGGACAACGAAGGUUCUCAUAUGAAAAUUGGCGAAGAUUUACAUCCAGAGGUCCCGGCUACUCUCAUUGUUGUGCCACCUCCUUUGAUAGGAACCUGGGAGGAGCAGCUCUUCGAGCAUGUCAUUGAGGGCGGCUUGAGUUGCCGCCGACAUCACCGAGAAGGCCGACUGACAUCUGUUGGCGAGAUCGAGGGGACUAACAUCAUCCUAACAACAUAUCACACCAUUUCCGCUGAGUGGAACCCGUCAAAUAAGGGAAGAAGCUCCGUCUUGUUCUCUGUGCGUUGGAGAAGGAUCAUCCUUGAUGAAGCACAUCUUAUCCGAAAUAGUAACUCGCGAAUGUCUCAAGCCAUCUGCGCGCUGGAGUCCAGGUCUCGAUGGGCCGUCACUGGUACUCCUAUUCAAAAUCGCCUUGGCGACCUUGCAACUCUAUUCAAGUUUAUCAGGGCCCAUCCCUACACAGAUCGGAGAUGCUUCGAUGUCGAUAUCUCUCGUCUCUGGAAGUCUGGCGAAUAUCAGGAAGCCAUCAAAAGACUCAAGCGUCUCUCGAAGUGUCUUCUACUCCGGCGAGAUAAGGGAACGGUCAGUCUCCCGCCCAAGGAAGAUCUGCAAUGUCCUGUCGACUUCAAGCCGGAAGAACGAGCUUUGUACAGUAAGUUACGCCAAAAGGCUAUCGUUAGUAUAGACGAUGCUUUGGAGAGGGAUUCCGAUUCCGUCAAAUCAGGCGCCUACGUCAAUGUCCUACAGCAAAUCGAGUCACUACGGCUCGUGUGCAACUUAGGACUUCACUACCACACGAGACAUGACAAAGUGAUGCAAAACAUUCAAGAAGUCGAUGAGUGGACGAAAAUCGCCCAGGAUACCUUUAACAUGCAGCGAGAGAUGGGUGCCAUGGUUUGCCUGCUAUGUUCGUCGGCAUCGGACAUCACCGAGACGAUCUUAGAAGACCUCACAAGCACUCCCAAGAAUCCUCUAUUCUUCAGCUGUCUUCGUUUCAUCUGUGCUGAGUGCGCACAAAGGCCAAACCAGAAUGUCGGAUGCGGUCAUAAUCCUCGUUGUGCCAUGGCUCAAAUCUCGACGAGCGGCCAAGCUCUCGAAACGAGUUUACCUAGUAUGCAGCCACAGACGGACGUCGGCCUACCAUCCAAAGUGGAGGCUCUGAUCACAGACAUCGGGAAUCUGCCACCAGAUGAAAAAUGUAUCGUUUUCUCAACCUGGAGGUUGACACUUGAUAUCGUCGAAGCUGGGCUAGAUCAGUCCUCUAUCCCAAGUGUUCGGUUCGAUGGAAAAGUGCCACAAAAGGACCGACAAAACCUUGUUGACAAAUUUAGGAAUGACCCAUCUAUUCGUGUUAUGCUUUUGACAUUAUCUUGCGGCGCAGCUGGCCUAACCUUAACAGUAGCAACUAGAGCCUAUCUCAUGGAGCCUAAUUGGAACCCGACUCUUGAGGAGCAAGCUCUCGCGCGCAUUCACCGCAUUGGACAGACACGGAAGGUCACUACUGUACGGUUCUUCGUACGCAACUCAUUCGAGCAGCAAGUCAUCAAAUUGCAAGAAUCCAAGAAAUAUCUGGCAGGAUUGUGCCUCUCGCCUCAUAAUAACGGGCAUGCGAGUGAGAACCUGGGAAGGCUACAGGAAUUAUUAUCUCUAAUUUGACGUCUCGCCAUUUCUGCGUGACGAACAGAUUUAUUGAAGAAUUUUGCGUAGCGCAUCUCAGUUGGGGGCUGACUUGGCUCCACUGGUCAGCAGACAAUCUUUCUAUACGCUGCCCCUGUUUUCACCAAGACAAUGUGAAGAUAUCUGCUUUUUAG